AUGUCUUCAAACGCUCUGCAUGGUACCAUUCCUCCCUCGAUGGGCAACAUGAGGCAAAUGUCUUCUUUAGAUUUGUCAAGAAACAAUUUUUCAGGAGAAAUACCAGAACAAUUGGCCAUGGGUUGCAUUUCAUUGAAAAAUUUGAAGUUAUCAAAGAAUAGAUUACGAGGCCCAGUGUUUCCGACUGAUUCAAACUUGACUCAGUUACGGUAUCUGCAUUUGGAUGGCAAUAGAUUCAUGGGGAAGAUCUCGGCUGGUUUAUUUAGAAGUCCACAUCUAGAGGUUUUGGAUGUUGGUAAAAACUACAUAUCGGAUCAUCUUCCUACACAGAUUGGGAACUUUUCUAAAUUGACGUCGUUUUCCAUGCCUGAAAAUUAUUUGGAAGGUCCUAUUCCAGUCGAGUAUUGCAACCUCUGUAUUCUUUCACGUUUGGACCUUUCCCAAAAUAGAAUUAUUGGUCCCAUACCUUCAUGCGCCAACCUAUCUUUGAACUUCUUACAUUUGCAAGGAAAUGGGUUUACAGGAUUGAUGCCAGAUGCUUUAUCCAAAAUAACCUCCCUUGUUACAUUGGACAUGAGGCAUAACAACAUAUCUGGAAAUAUUCCGAGUUGGAUUGGUGCACUUCCCAAUUUAAGGGUUCUUCUCCUAGGAGGAAAUAAUUUUCAAGGUCACAUUCCCAUGAACUUGUGUCAGCUGAAGAACAUCAGCAUAUUAGAUCUUUCAAACAAUUAUCUCUCUGGGUCAAUACCGCCAUGCUUUGGUAAUAUGACAUUCGGGAGGGCAAGAGUAAUUGAUUUUUCUUUUCUUGUCUAUCAAAUGGAGAGCAGUUGGUCUACGAGCAUGUAUACGCCUGGAAAUCGUAUUAAUGUUGAAGUGUCUUUUAAUGCCGUCGAUGUGACACCAGAUGAGGAUGAAGUGGAGUUUAUAACAAAGAGCAGGUCUGAAACUUACAUGGGCAAUGUUCUUUACUUUAUGUCUGGUGUAGAUCUGUCAUGGAACCAGUUAACAGGUAAAAUCCCACCUGAAAUUGGACAUCUAAUGGCUAUUCAUGCACUGAACUUGUCCCACAAUCAAUUGACCGGACCAAUUCCAGAAACCUUCUCAAACCUAAAACAGAUUGAGAGCUUGGAUCUUUCUUACAAUAGAUUGAGUGGGGUGAUUCCCCCUCAACUAAUUGAGCUCUACACCUUAUCUACAUUCACGGUGGCCCACAAUAACUUAUCCGGUAGGACACCUGGCUUGAAGAGGCAGUUUGGCACCUUUGGAGAAACCAGCUACGAAGGCAAUCCUCUGCUCUGCGGACCACCACUGAAGAGUUGCUUCUCUACUUCUUUGCUACCACCUUCAAUGACAACAACAUCAGGCGAUGAGGAAGAUGGUGAUGACAUAAUCUUCUAUGCAUGCUUUUCACUCUUCUCUAUAUCAACCGCUAUUGGCGAGGUCUAUAUUUUUAUUUUGUCGAUGCAUGCAUCUAUUCUGUCUAUUAUUUUGCUUUAG